GAACGACAGUGUAGGCAGGACCGCAAUGGGAAAGCGGGUGAUUUUAUCAAAUUGAUCAAAAAUCGCUGACAAGAUGUCCGACGCGAGUAGAAAACCCCAAUCGAUACGCAUCUGUACUUAUUGAAGUGGAUACGAUACACACAGAACCUGCAGAACAACCAAAAGUAAAUACUUUUUCCAAGGGGAGGAAGUUUGUUGUGUCGAAGGAAAUAUAAUAGCCCGGUAAAGCAGGGACAGACUGCGGAAAACUGCCAGAGCAGAGGACAGUCAGAAUACAAACCCACCCACCCACCCAGUCAGCCAUGGAAGAGUUUGGGUCAGCGUUGGAGAAGAAUGUGGCCGAUUUAACGGUUAUGGACGUGUAUGACAUAGCCGCGGUGGUGGGCCAGGAGUUUGAGCGGAUCAUUGAUCAGUAUGGAUGCGAGGCUCUGUCCAGGCUCAUGCCAAAAGUGGUGCGGGUACUGGAGAUCCUGGAGGUGAUGGUCAGUAGGAACAGCAUCAGCCCGGAGACAGAGGAGUUGAGGCUGGAACUGGACAAACUACGGCUGGACCGGAUGGACCGGCUGGAGAAAGAGAAGAAACAUAAGAAGGAGCUGGAGCUGGUAGAGGAUGUAUGGAGAGGGGAGGCCCAGGACCUGUUGUCUCAGAUCGCUCAGCUUCAGGAAGAGAACAAAACACUCCUUACUAACAUGUCCAUCAAAGACCCCAUGAGUGAAGAGGACCUGCAGAGGCACGAAGGUAUGUCGGAGCGGGAGCGUCAGGUGAUGAAGAAGCUGAAGGAGGUGGUGGACAAGCAGAGAGACGAGAUCCGAGCCAAAGACCGCGAGCUCACGCUCAGGAACGAGGACGUUGAGGCACUCCAGCAGCAGCAGUCUCGUCUGAUGAAGAUCAACCAUGACCUGCGCCACAAGAUCUCCGUGGUGGAAGCUCAGGGGAAAGCCCUCAUCGAGCAGAAGGUGGAACUGGAGGCGGGAGCUCAGGCACGAGUACAGGAAAUGGGAGCACUUCGACAGGAAGUGACACGUUUAAGGGAGCGCCUGCAAGGAGACACGCCUCAGGGUCUAGAGGAGCCUCCUCCCCAGCCCCCCUCCCCCGCACAGGAGGCGCUAUGUGAUGAGGAGGGGGGAGGCCUGGACCAGAAGGAUCCCAACAGGCCCCGGUUCACACUGCAGGAGCUGAGAGACGUUCUGCACGAGAGAAACGAGCUCAAGUCCAAAGUGUUCAUGCUGCAGGAGGAGAUCGCCUACUACAAAAGUGAAGAGGCGGAGGACGAGACCGGCACCCCUACUCCUUCCCCUUCCCCCGAACAACUGAGGGCACGGCCCCGACCCAACGCACAGCCCGAGUCAGGAAUCAAACGCCUGUUUAGCUUCUUCUCUCGCGACAAGAGGCGGAACUCCCAACGGAAUGCACAGUUUGAAGACAGCUUCAGCUCGUGGGCGGGAAAGGAUGAGGUGUACACCGAACAGGCCCAGGAGGCUUUGCAGCACAUAUAGGGCACGUUCCUCUGACCAGGCGUUGUUGACGCCUGCCAGAUCUUACAACGCAUGGAUAGGUAUUUUAAGUAUCAGCUACCACAUCACAUGUUAUAGCAAUCUGUCAGGCGAUGAAAUAGUCAAUGACGGGGCACGCAACCAUUGGUUGAUGCGUGCAACGUCUUACCAGGAGAACGUGACGUAGUGAUUGGACAGCGCUUUAUGAUGAGGUCACUCAGAACCAUCUCACUGUAAUGCCCCGCCCAUGCCCACCAUGUGAGCUGCAGCAGCACUUAAGGGACAGUUCGAAAUUUACUGCGGUGGGGAGUUGGUCCAAAAUAGGGGAGGGUUGUCAAACAUAUUUUUUUGCUUUGGGGAGGGUUGUGUAAUUUUUUUAUUGGGCACGGGAGGGUGGUGUAUUUUUUCCCUGGUUUACAUUCCCCAUUUUGCAGGAUUGACUAUAUAAUGUCUUCCAUAUAGUCACAUUUCCUCAUCUGCUUGCUUGCGCCUCCCCUAUCAAGGUGUUUUGGUACUUCCCUUAUGCACUACGCUUUUCUGCAUGAUUACUAUACAGUCAACUCUAUCCUGCCCUCUAUACAUAGUGACAAUAGUGGUAGGUGGAUCUGCAAUAAGUUAACUGGCAAUCAUACCACACAUAAAAUCAUUCAAAUCUGCACCGAUUUUCAAUAUAAAUCCACAAGAACAAAAACGAAUAGCUGAUAGGCAGUAGAGAGGCCAGGGGCAUCAUUGCGCAGGAAAGAACAGUCAAGACAUGAUAUAUGCAGCUCAAAAAGCUCUCCUAUUCAUCUUGUUUAGGCCAAACACAUUUUAUCUACUAUAUAACUGAUUCCCCUCUUCACAGUUCUAAAAAUAGUAAAAUGUUUAAUAAAAUAGUGAUGAAUUUAAUUCAAAUGAAUCGAUUCUUUUAAAUGAUUAUUUUUUACUAACUGAACGAUGUGCUUCGCCAGGUCGCAGUUGUAAAUGAGAACUUGUUCUCAACUGGCCUACCUGGUUAAAUAAAGGUGAAAUAAAAAUUGUACAGUAGUAGUUGGGGUUAAAUUGUGGUGAAUCGAAUCAUGGGAAUCCAAAUAAUAAUUUGAGAAUCGCAAAUAAUAAAAACAAUUUAGCUGUAGGCGUCCUUUCGAAUUGUGUCGAUGCAAAACAAUUUGUUGAUACUUUAAGUUGAUUUGGACAUUCAAUUUAUGGGACGUUGCAACUCAAUAGAUGCUAGUAGUCAGCCAGAAUUACACACUUCUAAUGGGAAGACUAUAACAUCCACGGUGCAUGCUGAAACAGUCAUUUACAAUGCUGAAACAGUCAUUUACAAUGCUGAAACAGUAAUUUACUAUGCUGAAACAGUAAUUUACAAUGCUGAAACAGUCAUUUACUAUGCUGAAACAGUCAUUUACAAUGCUGAAACAGUCAUUUACAAUGCUGAAACAGUCAUUUACAAUGCUGAAACAGUCAUUUACAAUGCUGAAACAGUCAUUUACUAUGCUGAAACAGUAAUUUACAAUGCUGAAACAGUCAUUUACUAUGCUGAAACAGUCAUUUACUAUGCUGAAACAGUCAUUUACAAUGCUGAAACAGUCAUUUACAAUGCUGAAACAGUCAUUUACAAUGCUGAAACAGUCAUUUACUAUGCUGAAACAGUCAUUUACAAUGCUGAAACAGUCAUUUACAACAUUUCCCCCCCAAAACCUUCCAAUUAAAUGUUGACUGCAAAAGUAGGCCUACCUGGCAGAAUGAUAUCAUGAAGAUUGGUAUCAAUCGGGUGCACAUUUGUUUUGCAUACUCUGCCAUCACAUGUGCAGUACAGAAACCUGACAGAAACACUUCUAGCCUAACACAAAUGUACUGUGAGUAAAACUUAGCUGGGACAUGCUUUCAAUGGUGUUCUCCAACACCUGAAACCAAUAUUGUGGAUUAGGGGGGUACCCUGACUGGGACUCAAACCCUGGUCCCUGUGACUGUCAUUCCAAAACCAUUAUACUGUCACAAUCCUCGCUGUAUGAGCCAUGAUACAAUUAAUACCAAGUGGGUUAACCCUAUUGGCACGAUGCAUAUGGUGUUUGCCUUUGACGCCAGUGACCGGGUUUCACUUCCUUGUCCUGUUGUUUGCUACAUUGGUGUCAAAAUUGGGAAUACAAAGAGGCUAAAAUCUCUUGGUGAGGCCGCUAGGUCUUGUACAAAGUUUUUUUUGUAUUAAUAAAAGGGGUACAACUUUUUAUUUUAUUUUUAUUAUGAAUAUAUUUUUAUUCGCUGUCUCGCAUCAAAUAAAUCCAUUCUUCAGUUAAUUACAUUUGUAUGGCCUUGGGGACAAUACAUGAUCCUACCAAGACUAGCCUACAACACCACCAUGCAAUGAUUAUAAGGUCUACAAAGGCACAGUACAGGACAGUCUGGCUCUAUUUUUACUUCUGAUACUGAUGCGCUGUCUGUUGCCGAUCAUCAUUCUCCCAGCAGGCCCACUUAUUCGGGGAAGUUUAAAGCGCGUUCUGCCUCCUUUCCGAUCUGAUCGGCUAUUCCUCGAACCUAACGCUUCAAUAUAGGCUAAAUAUUUGUCAUUUAACUUUUAAAACGUAUUACCUUUUAUAUGUGGCAUAACCACAACCAGUCAACAAUGUUUUAAUCUGAUUAGUUUUCUUCAAAGGUCUCCUGUAGGCUACCUGCGCAUGUUCAUCCACUCGAAUAUAAUUCCAGCAUCCAAACUGCAACGGACAUUCGAUCUGUUACAAAACACCAAAAAGUUUCAUGACAUUCGGAGAUUGUCAAGCCAAGCGAUCGACACUGAGUAGGAAGGGAUGUAUUUUCAGUUUGUCGAGAUUUACAUACUCUAUUUGAUUUUGGUGUUGAAAACGCAAACCAUGAUGAAACGCUCAAAGUCGGUAAUCGGUGUGCAGUUAUUUGUUGCUUAUUGGUUGUGUGCGGUGCAUUGGCAAAGAAACUUGUUAGUCUAACAUUUGUUGCAUAUGUUUGAUAUAAUUAGAAAUAUAGCAUCAAAAUGUUGAAAAUCUGAUCCCCCCUCUAGCUGAUCAUUGUCUGCAGCCGGCUCUGAUCGUAGUGUAAUGAGUCAGGCAAGAAGAGUGAUGAGCUUGUGAACCCUCAACCUUCUGGCCCGUAGCCCUACGUGGCAUCGACUGUGCCACAAAGCAUGCUAAGUCGAUAUUCAUGUUUAUAAACACAGGGUUGCUACAGUUAUUGUUAUUUAUGGUGGUAAUCAUUCUCUUUGAGUACAUUUUCUGCGGGGGGGGGGGGCAAUACAUUUUGAACUGUCCCUGAAAGCAUCGUAAUGGUCAGCUCACUUCACAGUACAGCUGAGUACAGCACAUCAGCUCCAAGUCACAGAGUAAUUCAGUCAUUCACCCAGCAUCUAGAAUAGUGUUUCCUAACCUCCUUUGUCAGUGAACUCCUUGCCUUGCCUUGGGACUGUGGUUAGUGUGCAGUAGCGCUGCAUGGGUAAAAUCACUGCAGAAGCCAAGACAGACCCCCCCCCCAUACUACAACCUAUGCGUUGUGAUAAUUGCGUUGUUUGCUCUAUAACCUGUUCGUUCAUGUGCCUUGCGACCGUGAUAUAUAGGCCUAAAGGCCGCGACAAUUAGACAGUGGCAGAAUAAAUUCAACCACACAUUUGUUUCAUCACAAAACCGGAGAGCAACUUCUGUCCAGUGAAGUCCACAAAGCAUAUUGCACAUAACAAACCGUUACAUGAUCUAACACCAUGGUCAAGCAAGUUAAGUUUCCGACAGUUUCGGACCACUAAACAACUAUUGAUUUAGAACCACGGAGAGUUACCGCAAGUCGUAAAGAAAACAGGAGCUGCCUCCACUAUUCCAGCAACAUUACUGUGCCUGCUGCAGUAUAGUGGGAUUUUAUGACAUUGCUGCUUCUAAGUGACAGGACAGAGAGAGUUGGGGGUGAAGAGGAACAGAUUCCGUUUGACUUCUGGAGAAGAAAAAAACUCCCUAAAGCCUUUAUUUAUCCAAAAGUGAAAUCCAGGAGAAUUGACAGAUGCACAGAGCGGUUCCCUUUAUGUUUGAACGGACAGAGACACAGUAGGUGUAAGAGAGAGACAAUAGUCAGGCUUGGUAGGCUUGUGGAAAGUACAUAAAGUAUGGUUGACAGGUGAGAGGAGAGCGAGAUGGAGGAACCACGUCAGAAACAACAGAAAGAUAAUCACGAGUCACAGGUUUUAGAGAUAGAGGAGGAGAGUUAUGUCCAGUAAAGAAACCGAAUACAGACCGAGAUGUAGCAGACGCUGAUUAAUCAUCAUACCCCCUUGACCUUGAGCUCGACCAGUCAUGUCCUCAGAGGCAGCUAGGGGGCGCUGUGGCUAGGCCCCUCACCAGCACUGGCUAAAAGGUGUGUGAACAUGCAGUAUGUGGUGGCUUUUUUUAUUUAACAGAUUGGCAUUGUACAUAAAAUAAUACGUGUUACUGGGUUUUGAGUUGGGAUUUUGAAUUUCACAUCUGGAACAUCCUGCCUAUUCCUUGACUGCAUGAUCAAACUAGAUGGUUGGUAACUCUAUUCUCAAUACAACUAUUUUGUUUCCCCAACAACAUGCUCUGCCAAAUACAUACUGUUGUUAGAAGUUUGGGAAGCCUUUUUAGAAUAAAAUUCCCAAGUUAGAGGUUUUAUAUUUUUCAAAUGGUGAAUUAAGCACAUAAAGUUAUAGUUUUACAAUGUCUUAUGGAAAGAGUAUUUUUGUUUUGAAUUAAUUUAACCAGAUGCUACUUGCUGCUGCUUUUUUGUUUUCCGGCAUUUUAUGGUGCCUUCAGGACUAGCCAAGUGGUGUACAUAUGAAGCAAAAGUAAACUAUUUGAUAUAUAACAUUUGAAUGGGCGUCAUGUUGGAACCAAAUGUGACAAGACAAGACAAACAACACUCAAUUUAGAUGCAAAUUUACAAUGUUGUCGUGGAAUAUUUGGUUCAAACAUGGAGAGUAGUUUGCCAAACUCUGUGCUAUGGCUGCAAGAUGGUUUGUGAGAAGCAAAAUGGUCAGUGUGGAUGAGGGAGCUUUUGGAUCCUGAGGAGUAGUUCUGACUCCGUCAAUCAGACAUGAUGCUUCAGCCUGACUAUGAGAACAUUGACACUAUUCUUAUGACUGAAGAACUGUUAAAUCAUUUAUUUUAGAAUGCCAGAGACAAAAUGAAAGUGCAAAAAUAGGGCAACGCUUAUUGUGACAAAAAGGAUUAAUAGUCAAUAGAAAUGAUAUCUUGUCUGCUGGUGGCAACAUCUACAACAUAAUUUACACAUAAAGGGAAAUAAAUAAUACAGUAUUGUUAUCUGAACAUGGGCAGAUGUGUCAUCAUAUACAAACUUCAUGGAGCCCCUUCACACCUGGUGGUAGAUUUCUAUUGUAAGGAUUCCAGAUAUGAUGAAUGUCUCGUUGUUUUGAUACAGCUUGUUGCCUUUUAUUCAAAUAUGCCCUGUCAAUAAACAUUGUGAUCCCCA